AUGGGCCCCUAUACCGCCUCCUCAUGCUGCUGCCAGGCCCGUAAUCUGCCAUGGGCCCCCGUACCAACUCCUCAUGCUGCUGCCAGGCCCGUAAUCUGCAUGGGCCCCUGUACCGCCUCCUCAUGCUGCUGCCAGGUCCAGAGUGUGUCAUGGGUCCCUGUACGGCCUCCCAUUGCUGCUGUCUCCAUCGCCACACUCUGCCAUGUGCCACUUUCAGGUCUCCUCACACUGCUGGUGGUUUCCAUUUUUGUCAUAGGGUGCUGUAUGGCCUCCCAUUGCUGCUGCCUCCACCGCCACACUGUGGCUCCACACUCUGGUUUUGGCCCCGUGACUGCCCAAAUGAGUGAAGUGUGCGGUGAUUCUAAGAUCGACGGCACUCAUCUGCAUGUCAUACUGACUGUCAGUAUUUAUUUCUCUUCCCCAGCAGACUCCAAGGGCAUUUAAAUUAAAGGUACAGUGUUCUGCACUAAUAUAA